AUGAAAGUAGCUAGACUUAACGAGACGUUUCCACAAGCCGAACUGCGAAGGCUUAAACAAGCAGAGCGUGAGGCAGCUCAAAGAGCUGCUGAGACACCAGAGCAGUCCCAAGAUAGACGUCGACAGCAUGCUGAGUAUCUAGCAUCUCAACGGGCUGCAGAGACACCCGAACAGUCUCAAGCUCGACGUCAACAGAACGCUGAAUAUCUGGCAUCUCAACGGGCUUCUGAGACACCCGAACAGUCCCAGGAUCGACGUCGACAGCAUGCUGAGUAUCUAGCAUCUCAACGGGCUGCGGAGACACCCGAACAGUCUCAAGCUCGACGUCAACAGAACGCUGAAUAUCUGGCAUCUCAACGGGCUUCUGAGACACCCGAACAGUCUCAAGCUCGGCGUCUUCAGCAAGCGACUUACAUAGGGUCCCAAAGAGCUACUGAAACUGUUGAAGCUGCUGAAGCUCGCAGAUGCGCUGUUGCUGAAAGGGCACAACAGCGACGAUUAAUAUUUACAAGAAACGCGUGGGGAGUAUUUGAUAAAGCUGCAUUUGAGUACGAUGAAACUCUUGAUUACGAAAGCCACAAGCUUAUAAAAAUAGAAGCGAUGAAUAAGGAAUGCAGAUUUUGCGGUGCUCUUAAAUGGAAAGAGGAAGCUGCAGGCAUGUGUUGUUCGGGAGGAAAAGUAGUUCUUCCUUCAAUAGACGAGCGUGUUGAACCUCUUAAAGAACUUUUUUCAAAUGAAACAGAUGAGUCUCGCCGUUUUUUAAAAAACAUAAGAAAAUACAAUACAUGCUUCCAUAUGACAUCUUUUGGAGCUGAUAACAUUGUGUCGAUGCCAGGAUUUUGCCCGACUUUUACAAUCCAAGGGCAAAUAUACCACACAAUUGGCUCUUUGCUUCCUGCUGCUAAUACGCAACCAAAAUUUUUGCAAGUUUAUUUCAUGGGUGAUGAGGAAGCACAAGUUGAUAGGCGUUCUGAGUACGUACCAGGUGUGGAAAGAAACACAGUUCAAAAAAUACAAAAAGUUCUACAUGAUCACAACGUUUUAGUGCAUGAAUUUAAAAUGGCUAAAGAUAGAGUGACUAGCGAUAAUUACAGGGUCGUGAUACACCCAGAUCGUGUACCACGUGGUGAACACGAAAGACGAUUCAAUGCCCCGACCACAAACGAAAUAGCUGCCGUAGUAGUUAGUACUGAACAAACUGCGUCUCGGGACAUUGUUAUUCAGGCGCACGAUGGCCGGCUUACUAGAGUUCCGGACACUCAUAGAUUUUAUGAUGCUCUCGAGUACCCGAUAAUUUUUUGGAAAGGACAAGAGGGGUACAGUUUUGAUAUUCCUCAGACAAACCCAGUUACAAAACAGCCUAUACCGAACAAAAAAGUGUCGUGCAAAGACUUUUAUGCAUAUCAUAUGAUGGUACGUCGCAACAAUUUUAAUUUAUUGCUUCGAUGUAGGCUUCUCUUGCUUCAGUUUUUGGUGGACAUGUAUGUCAAAGUGGAGAGUGAGCGCUUAAGGUUUAUUGCUUUAAACCAAACAAAACUGCGAGCAGAAAACUAUAUACAUUUACAAGACGCGGUCAGGAAUGAUGCGGAUUUAGAUCCAAACAAUUUGGGUCAAUUGGUAAUACUCCCAUCGUCAUUUGUAAAUAGCCCGAGAUAUCUUCAUGAGUACACGCAGGAUGCGUUCACAUACGUGCGUAACUACGGGAGGCCUGAUCUGUUUAUUACAAUGACAUGUAAUCCCGCUUGGCCAGAAAUUACUAAAGAGCUCAUUCCAGGUCAAAAUGCAACAGACAGACAUGACUUAACAGCCAGGUUAUUUAAAAUAAAAGUACAAAAAUUGGUUGCUCUACUUACAAAAGGUAAAAUAUUGGAGAUAUGA